CUAGAAUUUACUCUUCCUUCUUCUUUAUACUACUAAUGUCGAAGGAAGUUGAUAGUUUAGCUCACGGGGUGGCGGGUGGACUGGGAGGCCUGAUCUCUAUGGCUCUGACUUAUCCGCUGGUCACUCUUUCCACCAAAGCACAGGCCUCGAAAAAGAAGAAUGAGGACACUAGGAUAACAGCUGAGGCGAUUAGGAAUCUUUACAAUGGCUUGGAGAGUGCACUGGUCGGAAUAACUGCGACAAAUUUUGUCUACUAUUACUUCUACGAGUUGACCGGGUCCGCUCUCAGAAAAGAUAAGGGUUUCCCCACGACACUCAAAAGAGGACUGACCGCGUCCCAGAGUAUCUUAGCCGGACUAGUAGCCGGUGUUGUUUCCAGAGUUAUUACCAACCCAAUUUGGAUUGCAAAUACUAGACUGACCGUCCUGAAAAGGUCCUCCAGAAAAAAUGCCCCAAAAAACACUAUUCAGGUUAUCUUAUCAAUUGUGAGAAACGAAGGCUGGAAAAACCUAUUCAGUGGCCUGGUGCCGGCGCUUUUUUUGGUCCUGAAUCCAAUCAUCCAGUACACGAUCUUUGAGCAGCUCAAAACGCUCAUAGUUACCAAACGCAGACGCGCACUCAGUUCUGUCGACGCCCUUAUACUAGGAGCCUUCGGAAAGCUGAUCGCUACCAUCAUCACGUAUCCCUACAUAACGGUCAGGUCUCGGAUGCAUUUGCACAGUAUUCGAGACUCGCAUUCCGCUCCUGCUACGUCAAGCUCGGAGACAACCGCGGCGGACUCUGUUCAGUCGCUUCCCGAUGACAUUGAGUCCUCGGCCCAACUUCACGAUCUUGAAAAGCCUAAAAAGGCACCAGGAAUGUUUUACAUCAUGAUGGAUAUAGCCAAGAACGAGGGACUUUUGAACCUCUAUAACGGACUAAGCUUGAAACUGCUACAAAGUAUUCUAAGUGCGGCAUUCCUGUUCUAUUUUAAAGAAGAGCUCGUCCAAAAAACCGACCUCGUGAUUCGGAAAGUCAAACGUGUCAAACAAAAUCCCCUGCCUGCAAAAGAUCUCGUUAUCUAGUUAAUUCCAGAGCUUUUUCAGCUGUUCAUAGGAGUAAAACAUAGUCGCGCUUGCGGGUAUCGUCUUGAUCAGGGUGAUGCCGAGACCUGAGUAGAAGCCUCGAAUUCCGUGCGCCAGAUAAAUCAUCUUGAGUACCCCUAGCACGCUUUUCUGUGUCUCACUGGUCUGUAUAACAUUCUUCACCGUGUCUGCAGGAAAUAAUGAAACAUUGUAUCCAAUCCCAGCCAUGGCUCCAGCAAUGAGUAGCUCAUGAGCUUUGUACUCGUACUCUGGACCUUUGUCGCCCUUAAAGCGAUCUAAAGUGUAUUCAUAGCACCCAAACCACGCUGCAGUUCCUCCAGC